CGUUCCUCUAAGUAAAAAGAAUCGCGCGCCAAAUUGUGGUUUAUAGUGAGCCUCGAUUGUUUGUUAUGAAUUUAUGACAUUGCUUGCUUAAAAUCGGCAAUUUUCAGCAUAUUUUCAUCGACCAAGCCUUCCGGAUUCCUAAGAAAAUGUCCAAAUUUGUAAUGAUAAAAAAUUAUGCUCCAAUAUUUUUUGGAGUUUGAGAUUACAUCAAGCCGGUUGUGUUGAAAGUAUUUGUGAUUUAUAUGUGAUUUAGUUUUUAUUUGUUAAGUUUCGCGACAGUAAAUCGAAAAAAAAAAAAAAUGGAAUUAAACGUGAAGGAAACUUUGAAGUUCUUCGAAAAAACAAUUGACUUGAUCUCUGGUGAUUUUUUCUAGGAAGUAAUGCUUUUUGUUGAUAUACGCGUCGUAAAUUAAAGAUUAAACCAUGGAGGCAAAGGAGAAACCUCGAACAGCGGGACGAAUUGCUCCAACCGGACGUGUCACCUCAGCGGCUCACCAAACCGCUAAUGGAAGAAGAAAAGUUAUUCCUGUUCCACCACCUCGUAUUCCUACUCCCAUGCCCAUUGUCACUAAUAAUAAACAGAGAAAUAAUUCUAAUAUCGAAGUUUCACCAACAGUUUCUCAACAAAAAAAAGAACCGCAUGGGAAUAUUGUAAAAAUUGCCAAGAGAUAUUUGGACGAUAAUAUGCAGCAAGUAUGGAUAAAUCCUCGUCUGAUAUCUAUGAUCAAUAUGGAGGCUGUCACUUCAACAGAUUAUGAUUCAGCAAACCUCAGUCGCAAUUUUAAUCAAAUUGGCUUCAGCACUUACAACUAUUCCCAAUUUGAAGAGAAGUACAGAGCUCAGCAGAAUAGUAAAUAUCCCAAUGAUUUCCCAGAGGGUGGGAGUUCUGGAAGACUUGGAACAAUUAGUCAAACAUUGUCUUGCCAGCCCAACGACUUUGUCGAUUAUUUUCAUCCUAAGUAUCCACGUAGUCAUUCACAACCUGAAAAACAGCAUUCAUUAUCCAACGAAGUGAGAUCCAAGUCACAAAAUUCACGAGAACUAACAUUUUAUCAAAUUGAAUCAGGAUUACCUAAACAUGAAAGUCGUCAUAGCAAAUGUCAUCGAUCAGGCAAUGAAAAGACACAUGAUGGUGGAACAAGUAUUGAGGAUAAGAAAGAAUUGAAGUUAGUUUCAUCAGAUAAAAACGAAAAACGAGAGAAGACGGCUGUCAAACACAAUCAUACCAAGCCAGAACCAAAGAUUAAUGGAACUGGUAAUCAUCAACUGAAUAAGAUUGAAAUAGCCGAAUGUCAUGUCGCCAAUCAUCAAGUGGAGGCUUUAAAGUAUCGUCAGUUUGAUAGGCCUCCUAAGUAUCAAGAACAUGCGCCAAAAGAUUCCUUCAGAUUUGAACCAGCCCCGAGGUAUCUACAGGAUCCACCAAAAUAUUCUGAUGUCAUUAGACGACCGGAUGAUGUAAAAAAAAUUCAGGAGGAGAAGGGACGACGACAAGUGGGGGUUCGGGGCGGGAGUGGUCUUGGUAGUGAGACGCCCGUUAAUCUAGUCAGUACCACGCCGACUGCGCGAGAAGCAACGCGUGGCGUUAUGACCCGCCACCGUCAAAUGCAUAAACAGGACGUGCAUGUGGAUCGGAUUAAGUCUGAUGAUUCUGCUGAGAUUAAUGAUGACAAUUUGAAGCACAUGGAGCAACAGAUCAAAGCAUGUGAUCAGAGUCGAACUAACUUUAAUGGAGGCAUUAUUCUUGGUGUUAAUGCUGGUGGAGUUAUAUGUCCUGAUGUGAUGCUGGAUAAUAACGAAGCCAAACUUUAUAAACAAGGAACUGGAGAUUAUUUGAAACAAAGUGAUGGUCAAAAUAAAUUAAACGACAAAUCAGUGACUAAAAUGGAUAAAUUGAAAGGUGAAUCUGAUGGUAAAGCAGGGGAAAAAAGUCGAUUAGGACGAGAACAAUUGCACAAACAUGAGGGAUCGAAAUCGAAAAGCAAUCACGAGCCUGCAGUUAUUAGCCACGUGGGCUAUAAGGUCGACAAUCUCAAGUAUUACGGUGAGCUCAAGGGAUUUAAGUCUUAUGGAGCUAUCGAUAAGCCGCCCGCUUUAACACAUGAGAAGACACAUCAAUAUGAGUCGUCUGAGAAAGUUAUCUAUCCUAGUAAUCAUGACAAAAAUCAUCCGCGUUCAGCACAAGGUCAUUGCUCUGCUAAGUCUGUUGAUAAAAGUGAAAGAGUUCAUAGUGAUAAAUAUGGUGAUCAUUAUUAUCAUCGUUAUGGUUAUCCAAAGUCAUUAAAUGUCCUGCCAAUGUUUCAAGAGACUAAAUAUUCGUAUGCAGUUAAAGGUACACCUGGAACACCAUCUCAAGCGAGUGCUGCUGCGGCCUUCUUCGCACGAGCUGCACAGAAAUGGAAUCUCUCGUCAAGUCCCCACCGACGACGACGCUCUGGAGAUGAAAAUAUUGGCACAGAUGAGCACCCAAUUUUUCCGAAUGGUUACGCUGCACUUCUCAACAAGUCUCCGCCACCUGCACCACCGGCUUUUCUACGGAGGAUUGGUAUGAAAGAGCUCACUGGUGUUGGAAAGGUAAAAGUGAUGCUAAGAGUAUCAUCAGGGAAAGGCGGUAGUUUUUUCAAUGCUGACAAAAGGAAGAAACAAGUAACACUGAUCGAUCCAACUGCUGGGCAAUCUUCAACAGCAGAAGAUCGAAGACCAACUGUUGCAGCACCAAAGAUGUUCGCAUUUGACGCUAUCUUCACCGAGGAAGACUCUCAGAUAGAAAUUUGCUCGAGUGCUCUGACUGACGUGAUUCACGCUGUUAUCAAUGGAACUGAUGGCUGUCUGUUUUGUUUCGGUCACGCAGGUCUAGGUAAAUCGCAUACAAUGCUGGGAACUCCAGAAGCUGGUCAUACCCUUGGUGCUAUUCCUUGUGCGAUUACAUGGCUUUUUAGAGGAAUUUCGGAGCAGCGACAAAAAACAGGAGCAAGAUUUAGUGUUCGAGUGAGCUGCGUUGAAUUAACAACUGGACAACAACAGUUGAAGGAUCUUCUUGCGGCUUAUGCUAAUGAUUCGGAGCAGUCACCAGCAGUGUAUCUGAGAGAUGAUCCCCUAUUUGGCACUCUGCAACUUCAGCAACAUAGUGAACUGCGUGCUCCGACUGCUGAACGUGCUGCGUUCUAUCUGGAUGCAGCAGUAGCUGGUCGACAAUGUGAAGAUAGUGAUGCACACAUGUUAUAUACACUUCACGUCUAUCAGUACAGUGUGGCAGGCAAGGGUGGAGUUGCCGGAGGAAGAAGCAGACUCCAUUUGAUGGACUUGGGUAAUUCAGAUCGAGGAAAAGCUGCGGGUGGGAUUCCAUUAUCUGGACUGGGUAAUAUCUUACUGGCUAUUUUCAAUGGUCAGAAGCAUUUACCUUACAAAGAGCACAAGUUAACACAACUGUUAAAAGAGUGUCUGGGAUCAUUAACUUGUCACGCUGCCAUGAUUGCUCAUGUUUCCCCUAACGCUCAACACUAUACUGAGACGUUAACAACGGUCCAGUUGGCUUCUCGAAUUCAUCGGAUGAGACGUCGGAAGAUUAAGUUCAAUAGUGGUGUUGGUCAAGGAAACGGAAGCAGUGGGAGUUCUGGAGAAGAAGCUGCAAGGCAAAAUAGCGAAUGUGAUCCAAGUUCAAGUGAUUUGUCAGCUGACACGGUAAUUUAUGUCGGACCAGGAGCUGAAGACGCAACUGAUGGAGAACAUCCACCUGUCUAUUUACCAAGUUUAAAUUCAGGGGACAACCGCUGUGCCAUGGGACGAGCCUUACGAGGAUCAGCAGUUGAUAGACCGUCUAAAUCCUCUGAGGAACGUAGUCCAGCACAUAAAGUAACUAAAGCUGUAAAGUCAUUGACUCAGACAGCUUCGAAACAAACUUCACCAGCACAUAGUUCGACACCUAAAGCUAGUCCAGCAAGAAAAGCUUCAGCUUGUAAAACAUCGAGUGCCAAAGUAACAGACUCGCCAACAAAUAGUAAAAUACCUGUGGCUGCUACUUCUGCAGCUGGUGGUUCUGAUGAACAAUGGAUUGAUGGUCCACGAAUAUCUAAAUCAAAAGUGGCAGAAGCUAGACAUCUAUUUAAAGAUUCCCAUCACAAACGAGAAACUUGGAUUGAUGGUCCAAUGCAGCUCACGAGCACACCGCUUGUUCAUAGUCAACAGCACUCCACUGGCUAUGGUUUUAUGGACAAUCACAAGAAGAUUAUGAUAAGAAAGUGGGUGGAGAAUCAGUCGUCACAGAUUCAACGCGCGAAGCACGCGGCAUCGAGAUCAGAAUCUAAAUCAGGCCAAUCAUUUGGUAUUUUCAAGGAAAUAACGAGUUUCAAGAUGUGCGAUGAUAAUGAGGAUGAUACGUCACUGUCGACUGUAGGCAGUGAUAGUUUAAAAACGACUGACGCUGAAGAUAUUACGGAAAAAGUAGGAGUCAGACUAAAUUUACUCAAUGUCAAAUCUAACACAGAUUCGGGUUUGGAUCUCACAGCAAGUCCAGUGCUUGAUGAUAGUAUCGACAAGUGUCGCGGUUUAGAUACACAAGAUGAAGAAGAUGAUGAUGAGGAAAUUGUCGUGCCACCUCCGCUACCACUCAUCGAGCCAUUGAGUAAUGGUGUGAGCAGGGAAGUUUCUAUGGAGAGUCUUAAUUUGUCGCAUAAAGAUAUUGUUCUGCCCUCCAGGCACUCAUUAUCUUCUGAAGACGAAAUUCUAGAGAUUGUAGAGGUUGAAGAUCUUGAACCUGUACCUAUGCAAGAUUCUUGUCUACAAGUUACUGAAGAAGACAUUGCCUUGUGCAUGGGUGAAAAUCCUUUACCAGAAAGCGAUCAAGAAGAACAUCCACUCAGGAUCUUAAGUCAAGAAAACUUAACCAUCGUCUCGACAUUUACUGAUUCCAUGUCCGUCAUGUCAGAUAGUGAACGCUAUAAGCCUCAGUUUCCAUCGUCAAUAGGUACAGGUGUUCUACCAAGACCGUACUUUGACCAUGAGGACUUUCUUGAACAGGAAACUCGCCACAAGUUUGAUCAAUUGGCUCGACUUCAUGAACUCUACCAAAGUAAACUUGCCCUAGCCAAUGUCUCUAAUUCAGUGACUUAUCAAAGAGAAAAUUCAUCUGUUAUUAGUGUCCGCGACGUUCCUUCUGCAAAUGUCUUCCGUCCACCAUCUCGCUGCCAAUCUCUGUCACUCACAGAUGUUCUGUUCAAUGAUAAUGCAAGCAACCACGGCAGCAUUUAUAGUGAGCCAGCAUAUAUUGCUGGUAAAGAUGAGCAAGAAAAAAUCUGCGAUAAUUGCCGACAAAGCAUGUCACGUCCAGCUACAGCUUCUUACUGGUAUCCUAGUAGUGUAGCUCACUUAGCCAGUCCACGAAGAUAUUGCGGAAAAUUGGGGGAGUGCAAUAUUUCUAGUCUCAGGCACCCCGAUGGUGCUUCUAAUCCUAAUUUAAAGGAGGAAAUUGAAAGGAUACCCGGAAAUGGAGCAUCAGGAUCGGACCCUGAAGAAGAGUAUAUUGAAGCGAAAAAACUGUUUACUACAUCCGAGAGAACUGAAAGGACUGUCACUGGAAAAUCAGAUAUUGAAGAAGAAACGAAAGUUCCAGUUAACGUUCCUCUACAAUUGUCCAUUCCGUCCUCACUACCGUCCUCUGGCCGAAUGCAACGUAAAAUACUAAGUUUGGGCUCAUCCCUUGGUCUGAAUCGAGAGAGUUAUGAUUCUGGUGCAGAUUCAACACCUCGGGCUGCAAAACUUUCCCCGGCGACUCUCUCAAGGCAUCGUGCUGAAAGUUCCGGUUAUGACAGCGUAGUUAGAGACAGUGAAAUCAGUAGUAUUGCUAGUGAUUCAUCAAGGCAAACUAGUGCUCUUCAAGAGCAUCAAGCGGUGGGACAGCUGGCAGAGUUCGUGCAACACGUUCAACAGGAAGUACCCGUGGCAAUUCUCGCUUACACAGGCGAGGACGUGGAAAUCUUGGAUCGACGCGGGCGAAUACGCUCGGAACCACGUGGAGUAAUGUUCAAGAUAAACAACCUUCGUCUGCGCCAACGGCUUCUUAAAAUUGAACUCCGUGAUGCCAAAAGACGACUUUUGAUUCCAGAUGAUCGGUGGAGUUAUGACUUACACGUAGAAAAUAGUAUGGAUUGGAAAGAUUCAGCAUUUAUCGAAGCACUGGAGGCUGAAACCUUGAUACUGCAAAAGAGAGUUGAAGCUUGCAAGAGUCACGUACUCCUUGUGACAUGCUUUGAUUCAUAUCCACAUUUAAGAAGGCCUAACGAAACACUGCCAAAAAUCGGGAUCUCUUAACAUAGACUGACAUGAGAUCAUCGCAGUCAAAGAACUGAUUAUUGUCAUUCACACCAUAAUCAUUAGCAUUUCAAUUAAUUAUUCAUAUAGACUCAAUACACACAGUAAAGACAGGAUGAUUAAAUACAGAUACAACAAAUAAAUCACAUAACAUAACCAAAUCACAGUGAGCAACAGACUGAAAUUGAAAACCAAAUUUCCACAAAUUAUGAUAAAGACUGUGAAUUUAUGCUAUAAAAAGAUUUUUAAAGCAGAAAAAUUAGAGCGUUGCGUUUUUACAUAAACUACUUGACUCGUAGUCAAACUAUAACUUAGAUUUAGAGUCAUUCAGAUAGAUAAAAAAAAUUAAAUUACGACCAAAGUCAAUUUUUUUGAUGACGUUGGAACAAUUUGUGUCAAAUUUAUCGAUUUCACUUUAUAUAGAUUCUAAAUUUCUGAUGAAAAAGACUGAUAGAUGUCUUGAACAUCCAGCACAAAGAAACAUCUUUUCAAUAGUCUAUAGACAUCUGAAAGUCAAAUUAACAAAUUUUAUACAUUAUUUCAAUACCGUAUUGUACGAUUUGGAGAAUUCCGGGCGUUACUCAAUUGCCAAAAGAAUAUAAAUAUUUAAUAAAUAGUAAAUUUAACAAAGAAAAUGAAUAAAUAAAAAGAAAUUAAUAAUGAUUAUAAAAUGCCAUAAAAUACUAUAUAUUAAUGCACGCUCGUACAUUCAAAAUAUUGUCGUAGCUUUAAUUAUUAAUCAUGAUUACCGCACAUCGUAGAAUUCUAUAAUUGAUGUAGACUCUCGCAACGACUUAUUCAAUUCUUUUCAAAGAAUAGGCUGCAACUCAAUUCAUCAUUUAUCCAAUUAUGCCCAUACAUCAAUAGAAUAAUCAUGUUUGAAAUUUUAUAAAAUCACUUUUUACUCUUUUCAAAUUUUUAUAUUUACAAUAUACACCGUUUUUUAUACAAUAAUUUUAUUCAAUUCAGUACAUUAUUGAAUUAACCAAUUUUUGGUUGAAAAAAUUUUUAAAUGAAUGAUAACAUUUUAAAAUGUUGAAAAUAUUGUUUAUAGUUGUAAAUGGAUUCAUUUAAUGAAUCAUGGCUAAUUGGGCAUAUUUGGAGCUGAUUUACUUUUGUAACACCAUCAUAAAAUAAAUGAAUUGUUAACAGAUUACUCCAAAUGAAUGAUGCAUUUCAUUUUCAAGUAAUCAAGUGCCAUAAUUGACUGAUCCAACAAUAAAGUAUUGAUUUGUUUCAGGAUUAGUAGCAAUACUUAAUUUUUGAUGUAUAGAGUAUGUAAAAAAGAAUAUAAAAAACUGCCGAAUUAAAUAAAAAAAGUACUGCUCACUUAACCAGAAACUUCGGACGGCAAUACCGUGAUACAAAUUAGCGUCCGUCUGUAGUAAAAAAAAAACUUCGAUUUAUUAUUAAAUUAAAAUCAUCUUUGUA